AUGGGAGAGAGAGGGGACUAUCGUGGAUCCUCUGGGGAGCCUCAACAACCUCAUGAUGCUGAUGCGGCAGAGAAGAGUCUCUCCACGUCAAAACACCUCAAGAAACGCCUGCAGAGACCCACAGGGAAAAAAUCUCACUGCUGCUCUGACUGUGGGAAGAGAUUCACCUCAUCAGGCAUUAAAAUACAUCAGAGAAUACACACAGGAGAGAAGCCUUAUGGCUUUGAUCAAUGUGGGAAGAGUUUUGUUGAGUCAAGCUGUCUCACUAUACAUCAGAGAAUACACACAGGAGAGAAAUCAUACAGCUGUGAUCAAUGUGGGAAGAGAUGUUCUACAUCUGGCCAUCUAACUAUACACCAGAGAAUACACACCGGAGAGAAACGAUAUAGCUGUGAUCAAUGUGGAAAGGGUUUCGGUACAUCUGGCUGUCUGACAAAACACCAGAGAAUACACACAGGAGAGAAACCUUACAGCUGUGAUCAAUGUGGGAAGAGAUGUUCUACAUCUGGCCAUCUAACUAUACACCAGAGAAUACACACAGGAGAGAAAUCUUACAUCUGUGAUCAAUGUGGGAAGAGUUUUGCUGCAUCUGGCAAUCUGACUAUACACAAGAGAAUACACACAGGAGAGAAACCUUAUAGCUGUGGUCAAUGUCGGAAGAGUUUUUGUACAUCUGGCCAUCUGGCAACACACCAGAGAACACACACAGGAGAGAAACCUUAUAGCUGUGAUCAAUGUGGGAAGAGUUUCGGUACAUCUGGGUGUCUGACAAAACACCGGAGAACACACACAGGAGAGAAACCUUAUAGCUGUGAUCAAUGUGGGAAGAGUUUUACUACAUCUAGCUAUCUAACUAUACACCAGAGAACACACACAGGAGAGAAACGAUAUAGCUGUGAUCAAUGUGGAAAGGGUUUCGGUACAUCUGUCUGUCUGACAAAACACCAGAGAAUACACACAGGAGAGAAACCUUACAGCUGUGAUCAAUGUGGGAAGAGAUGUUCUACAUCUGGCCAUCUAACUAUACACCAGAGAAUACACACAGGAGAGAAAUCUUACAUCUGUGAUCAAUGUGGGAAGAGUUUUGCUGAAUCUGGCAAUCUGACUAUACACAAGAGAAUACACACAGGAGAGAAACCUUAUAGUUGUGGUCAAUGUGGAAAGAGUUUUACUCAGUCAACCAGCCUGACAUCACACCAGAGAACACACACAGGAGAGAAACCUUAUAGCUGUGGUCAAUGUGGGAAGAGUUUUUGUACAUCUGGCCGUCUGGCAACACACCGGAGAACACACACAGGAGAGAAACCUUAUAGCUGUGAUCAAUGUGGGAAGAGUUUUGGUACAUCUGGGUGUCUGACAAAACACCGGAGAACACACACAGGAGAGAAAUCUUAUAGCUGUGAUCAAUGCUGGAAGAGUUUUGGUACAUCUGGGUGUCUGACAAAACACCGGAGAACACACACGGGAGAGAAACCUUAUAGCUGUGAUCAAUGUGGGAAGAGUUUUACUACAUCUAGCUAUCUAACUAUACACCAGAGAACACACACAGGAGAGAAACGCUAUAGCUGUGCUCAAUGUGGAAAGGGUUUCGGUACAUCUGGCUGUCUGACAAAACACCAGAGAAUACACACAGGAGAGAAACCAUACAGCUGUGAUCAAUGUGGGAAGAGAUGUUCUACAUCUGGCAAUCUGACUAUACACAAGAGAAUACACACAGGAGAGAAAUCUUACAUCUGUGAUCAAUGUGGGAAGAGUUUUGCUGCAUCUGGCAAUCUGACUAUACACAAGAGAACACACACAGGAGAGAAACCUUAUAGCUGUGAUCAAUGUGGGAAGAGUUUUGGUACAUCUGGGUGUCUGACAAAACACCGGAGAACACACACAGGAGAGAAAUCUUUUAGCUGUGAUCAAUGUGGGAAGAGUUUUACUCAGCUAAGCAACAUGAUAACACACCAGAGAACACACACAGGAGAGAAACCUUAUAGCUGUACUCAAUGUGGGAAGAGUUUUACUCAUUCAACCAGCUUGAAAUUACACCAGAGAACACACACAGGAGAGAAACCUUAUAGCUGUAAUCAAUGUGAGAAGAGUUUUUCUUCAUUAGGCCUUCUGACUGUACACCAGAGAAUACACAUAGGAGAGAAAUCUUAUUGCUGUGAUCAAUGUGGGAGAAGUUUUACUCAGCUAGGCAGCCUGGUAUCUCACCAGAGAACACACACAGGAGAGAAACCUCAUAGCUGUGAUCAAUGUGACAAGAGAUACUCUGAUAAAAGAUCUCUGACUAAACAUCAGAAAAUACAUGUUGUUUCAUGAUAUCAAUAAAAUAAUGUAGAAUGUUUUUAGUCACGUCACAAUGUAGAAUGUUUUAACAUUGUAGUAGGAGUAUUUUAAUGAUGUCACAAUGUAGAAUGUUUUGACAUUGUAGUAGGAGUAUGUUAAUGAUGUCACAAUGUAGAAUGUUUUAACAUUGUAGUAGCAGUAUUCUAAUGAUGUCACAAUGUAGAAUGUUAUAACAUUGUAGUAGGAUUAUGUUAAUGAUGUCACAAUGUAGAAUGUUAUAACAUUGUAGGAGCAGUAUUCUAAUGAUGUCACAAUGUAGAAUGUUAUAACAUUGUAGUAGGAUUAUGUUAAUGAUGUCACAAUGUAGAAUGUUAUAACAUUGUAGGAGCAGUAUUCUAAUGAUGUCACAAUGGAGCACCCUAAACGUUUGCUCUGAAUUGAAAGAGUGCUAUUUAUGAGAUUUAACAAAAAGUGACUAUCAAAAAAAGAGUUUUGAUUCAAGUUGGUGACCCACUUGAAUCAAAAUGCAAUACUUCAAAAUGUUUAGGUUCUCAAUAUAUCCCAAACUGUUUCUACAUAUUGGUUAUUGAUUUGGACAUGUUAAAACUGUGUUUUGAAAUUGCGCUAUUCCCAUUUAGCAAAAUGUAAUUGAAAAGACGUUGAAAAUAACACUGUAACAUUUAAUAAUCAUAAUUAUUUAUGCAACCAACUGACAAUUUUUGGGUAUAAUUAUAUUGAAAUUGUUGCCCUUCUUUUAGAAUAUCAGGGUUCAUUCUCAGAUGUACCAACCCAAAUGUACUAGAGCAUGACAUUGGGGACUGGGCCCCGAUCCAACAACAUGCCUAUCGAGAUAUUGCAGAUAUUGCUCUUGAAAUCAGACAUGUAUAUCAUGACAUCAAAUACAAUUUGAUUUGAGUUCCCAAGGGGAUGAGAGUUCUAGAAGCUAUUGAGUUUUAGGAUUCUAUAGAAUGAAAAAGGAGAAAAAAAUUAUAUGUCAGGUUUGGAGAUGAGUUUUGUUUGGGCUCGUUCCAAGGGGACGAGAGUUCUAGAAGAUAGUGAGUUUUAGGAAGACGAGAGUUCUAGAAGCUAGUGAGUUUUAGGAAGAGGAGAGUUCUAGAAGCUGGUGAGUUUUAGGAUUCUAUAGAAUGAAAAAGGAGAAAAAAAUAACACGAUUGUAUAUUAUUAUUUAGAAAUAGGUGUUUUUUCUUGUUUUUAAUUGUUGACAGCCAGUAGACACCAUGUUUAUAUUGGUGAAGGUGAAGCAUUGUAGUUGAUUAUGUGAAAUGGAAGUUGUUUUCUGUUGGUGGUGAGCAAACUUGUCCAACAAAAAUAUAGGAUAUAUUUGUUGUCUUGAGGGGGAAGGUGUUCCAGGCUUUGGUUUUUCCAUUUAUGUUUUGAGGUUGGAUUUUAGCAUGUCUAGCUCGUUAGCACGUAGGACGCACAGAUUGGUGUCACCUCGUUAGUCAGUAUGUGUUACACCUGUGCUGGCUUGUCCAUCUCGUUAGUGGGAAGGUGUUUCACCUGAGCUGGUCCAGGUUCUAUUUAAGAGUGUCUGGCCCAGUGCUCCAGUUGUCUUGAUAGAUGUGGAGAGUCAACACCUUUAGUUGCUCCACCUUUUUGGUUUGCUUCCUGUCUUUAAGUUUGGUGUGAGUUUUUCUUUUGUUUGCCUCUUCUUGGGCAGAUUUAGUGGGUCUCAUGGUGGGUGUCUUUGAGGUCCCAGUUGUUGUUACUAGUCAACUUUCAGUGGACACCCCAUAGUGACUUUCAGAGCCCAUCCUAAAAAACAAGCUUAUAUUUUUGGAUUGGAUAUUUUAAUAUUUUAAUCAAUGGCAUUUCCUUAGGAUGCUCAUUAGUCUUUAAGUUGGUAUUAUUGUUUUUUAUCCUCUUAUGUUUGUUUACUAAAUAUUCCUGUUUAUUUUCAUUGUUUUUUCCUGAGAAGCCAUUGUGUUGCAUGUCUGAAAUGUGCUGUAUAAAUAAAGCUUGAUUUGAUUUGAA